AUGGGCCCAACCCUGGUAGAAGUGAAGGCAGAAGAAUCUAAGGAAGAAAAGCCUGUAGGUCCUUCUGGAGGAAUUAUUGACAAGUUUGUCAAGCUGAUCUUCCCGACUGUGCCUGAAGGAACAGUUCGAGACCCAAAAUGGGCUAAACCUUGGCAGACUCACCCUGAGCACGCGAAAAAGGUAGUGGUGGUUGUAGAACCAGAGGAGAAGGGACCAGUUGGCGCAUCUGGAGGUAUUAUUGACAAAUUUGUGAGGAUGAUUUUCGAAACUGUCCCUGAAGGUUCAAAACGUGACCCUAAGUGGGCCCAGCCAUGGCAGACUCACCCGGAACAUAAAAAAUCUGCUCCCAAACUGCCUGUAGCACCUGAACCAGCUGUUGCUCCUAAGCCAGCUCCAGUCCCAGAACCAGCUCCUGUCCCGAAACCAGUCGCUGCUCCUGAACCAGUCGCUGCUCCUGUACCAGUCGCUGCUCCUGAACCAGUCGCUGCUCCUGUACCAGUCGCUGCUCCUGAACCAGUCGCUGCUCCUGUACCAGUCGCUGCUCCUGAACCAGUCGCUGCUCCUGAACCAGUCGCUGCUCCUGUACCAGUCGCUGCUCCUGAACCAGUCGCUGCUCCUGAACCACUGCUCCAGCACCUAAGCCAGUCGAGCCGUCCCCUGCACCUGCCCCAGAAGUGGUCAAGGCACCGGAACCUGCACCUGAACCUAAACGACCAGUUGAAGAAGCCUGUUGUAGAGAAGGCCACGUUUCCCGAGGAGAAAGUGGCAGGUGAGCAACUCGUAGAUGAGGAAGAAGCGGAUGAGGACGAGGAUGUGGAGGAAGAUGCUGCGGAAAGCGACGAGGAUGACGAAGAGGAUGAGGAUGAGGAGGAUGAGGUAGAAGAGGAUGAGGAUGAGGAUGAAGAAGUAGACGAAGAGGAAGAUGAGGAACAUGAUGAAGAUGAAGACGAAGAACUUGAAGCAGAAGAGGAGGAGGAUGAAGAAGUUGAAGAAGAUGAGGAUGAAGAUGAAGAUGAAGACGGAGUUGACGAGGAAGAUGUAGAUGAAAGCGAAGAUGAAGACGAAGAAGUUGACGAGGAAGAUGCAGAUGAAGACGAAAGCGAAGACGAAGUUGUUGGAAAAGACGAGGAUGAAGAUGAAGAUGAGGAAGAAGAGAAAGAGGAGACAGCUGGAGAACUUGAUGAUGAGGAGGAAGCAGAAACUGACGAAGAUGAAGAUGAGGAAGAUGAAGAUGAGGAAGAGGUAGACGAAGAUGAAGAAGAAGAAGAGGUAGAUGAAGAGGAAGAUGUAGACGAAGAGGACGAAGACGAAGAUGAAGAAGAAUUAGAGAAAAAAGUCGAAAAACAUGAUAAAAGAGACGAAGAUAAAGACGAAGGAAUCGAAGAGGAACUCGAUGAAGAUGAAGAUGAAGAUGAAGAAUCAGACGACGACGACGACGACGACGACGAAGCCAAAGUCGCAGAACCGGCUGACGAAGGGAGUGAUGAUGAAGGUUACGAUGAAGAUGACGAUGCUGACGAAGAUGAAGAUUCAGGUGAUGAGAAAGAGGAUGGGGAUGUGGAGACAAUUGGGGAGGUGGAUGAACGCGCAGCAGACGCAGGAGUCCCGAGCACCUCAGAGCCUGAAGUUCCAAGUGAGCCUGCAAAGGAAGCCCCAGCUGAUAGUAAACCGCUGGCUGAUGCCCCCGAAGCCCCCACGAAGCCGGUAUUGGCAGAAGAGACUAAAGAAGAGGCGCCACAGGAGGAGGAGGAGCAGGUAGUGGUCGUCCCCUCUGCCUUCCGCUCCCGCGACCACCUCGAGGCCAUCCUGGGCCUGGACGAGACCUCGAGGGACACGGCGGCGCGCACCGACCCUAUCGCCGAGGCCACGCUCAAGGACCUCAAGAAGAUCUACGAGGCGGCCAUCAAGCCCCUCGAAGGCCUCUACAAGUACCAGGACAUCUCUAACCGCCACGUGUCCGACGCCGAGCUCUUCGGCACGCCGCUCGUCCUUCUCUUGGGCCCCUACUCCACCGGGAAGUCCACCUUCAUCAACUACCUCACAGGCGUCGAGUACACCAAGCGCGCCCUCAAGACAGGGACGCCGCCCAGCCAUGGUGUGUUCCGCAUCAUCCAGUAUGGUGAGAAGGACGGAGAACUCGACGGCACCGACCUGAGCGCCCACUGGUCCUUCACGUCACUGCAGAAGUUUGGACAAAAUUUCAUCGACCAGAUUCAGGGGAAAGCCUUGAGUAGCCCUCUGCUGAAGAAGGUGACCUUCGUGGAAGCUCCGGGCAUUCUCGAGAUGAGACGGCCCGGCGAGCGCCUGUACCCCUACAACGACGUCGUCCAGUGGUUCAUCGACCGCGCUGACCUCAUCCUCGUGAUGUUCGACUACACGAAACUCGACGCCGGCUACGAGAUGGAGGCCAUCCUCGACCAGCUCAAGGGGCGCGAAGCUCAGACACGCAUCCUGCUGAACAAGGCGGACCAGGUGCCGCCCGAGGAGUUGAUCAAGGUCCAGGGCAGCCUCUUCUGGAACCUCAGCCCCCUCCUGGGCGUCUCCACCCCGCCCACCGUCUACGCCGGCUCCUUCGCCUCCAGGCCCUACCGCCCCGCCUCGCCCGCCAAGCUCUUCGAGGCUCAGGAGCAGGCUUUGCUCCACGACAUCGCUCAGGCCAUCAACAACCGCGUGGACAACCGCAUCGCCAUCGCUCGCAGGCACGCGGUUCGCGUGAGGAACCACGCCCAGAUGGUGGACACGUACCUGACCACCUUCUACAUGAACAAGGGCUUCCUCACCAGCAAGCACAAGCUGGCCGAGGACAUCAUCGAGAACCCUCACAACUACAACAUCUACGAGGGCAUGAGUCUCCUCACCAAUAUCUCUCGCUACGAUCUGCCCGACCCCGAGGUCUACAGGGACUUCUUUAGGGUCCACAACCUGUACGACUUCCAAAGGCUGAAGGACACGUGCUCCUACUUCCGAGGCUGCCCGCUCGCCAAGAUCGACGGCGCCAUCAGCCACAACCUGCCGGAGCUGCUGGACCGCCACCGCCGCCUGACCGAGGCCGCCCAGGGCGGUGCGGGAGGCAAGCCUGCCCCCGUGCCCACUCCAGGAGUCCGAGGUGCGGUGCCCCCCGCUGCUCAUGUCCGGACGUCAUGAGCAGCUCCUCCCUGACGCCCCCGCUGCCUGCGCGUGCCUUAUUAGGCCUGAGGGGGUCAGCACAUGACCAAAGUGUGAUAUUCAAACUGGAGAUGCGACUGCCCACCGAGCCGCCAUGACCCAGCUGAUGUGCAAGGGCGGCCGGGCGGGAGUAGGGCGGGGUCAUCUCAGGUCACGCCCCCGCCGUACCCCCGCGACACUGAUUCUUGAGAAGUAGCAAAAGCUGCUACUUUAACACCUGUAUCAACUUUCCCUACUGGAGACUGCCAUGCUGCGGGCUUUAGUCCUGGUGGAGGCGAGAUCCCCUGGGCGAGGCCGGCAGCAGACCCCUGCAUUCCCAUACAACCAUGGUCCACACAGCUCAGCGAUACUUCAUAUGUUCAUGUGUCUUGUUCUUCACAUCGUUCCUGUAUGUCUCUGCCUUUCUCCUCGCUUAUCAGCAUGACCUCAGAUGACCUGCCAUGGGGGUGUAGGGGAGCCACGUGAGGCGCCUCAACUCUCGCUAUUGACCUUGUCGUGUGGCUGCUGAGCCCCUGGAUGAUGCUCAGAGGAGAGUUCAGGUGCCUCUUACUUACUGUAUUAUGCUCAUAUGGAGACACACUUUAACACGACGCACCGCAAAUGUAUAGGAAACAACUCAAGAUUCCUCCUCAUCGUGUAGAGUCUUAGAGCAUUCCACUUGCGUAGCUGGUCUGACUGCUGUGCUACGACUUAUGCAGAAGUUUGUAAAAAGAAAUUGUCGACUAUGUUUCACUCAACUUGACGCUGGUGUCGUUGGUCCCCAAAGUUAUCGCAGGAAGGAUAGUAAAGGAACUCUCCGUGUUUACAUAUCCCUAGUUUUUCCUUGCUCUUGAGAUAACCAUUCUCUUGUCGUGAUUUUCGACAGUGGGGGAAAUCCACAUGAUAAGUGGAAGGCGACAUUAUGGAAAAGAAUGUCGCCAUUUUCCACCAUGUUGCCUCAAGAACAUAACUUUGACAGGCAGGCCACGACGCCAGGCUGGAGACGCUAAACACUAUUUAAACUUAAGGAUUUUCUUUUUAUAUAAACGGAUGAGUACAAUCUAGUCAGUUUGAUGUUUUAUAAUUGCCAAGGGAGAAUGUCAGUCACUCGACGCUUCUCCGUGUAAGAUGCCUAUGGAUUAUAAUAACGGCUUUCAAGCGUAUCGGUCGCAGUGCCAGGGAUGCUUCUAGCGGUUCGCAAUGUUGAGCUGCUCUCUGGUCAGACGGGUCUAUGGUCCUACGGCUCCAUAGGAUCCGCCGAGAGCUCCCUGUACUUGCGAAGCAGCUGUACUUCAUGAAAAGUGAUGGUUGAUUUUCUUUUGUUUACGCUUGCUUGGCUUUCACAAGUAUGGAAGUUCUGAUGUGCACCCACGGCCGUGUUCGAAACCCGGACCGAGCCAACCUGCAGGACUUAGUUUUGGAGUGAUGUAUCAGCUCACAUCAAGGAUUUCAGGCUUAAAACUUUUGCUUUUUAGAAAUGGUGGCAGCUUUUUUAAGCGCGCUCUUUCUUCUUUGGAAUGGCACACUUUUAUUUCUGAGUGCAUUUUGUUUUGUAAAAAUAAAGGAAGGUAUAUUAAUGCAGAGUUCCCUGUUACGCGUAUGUAGUUGUGUUUAUACGUGUAGAUAAUAUAUUGGAUCUUAGGUAAUAUUGUUAACUACAGUUACAAAGCGUUUUAGAUGCACGUGAUAAGUGGGAACAUGAAGUAGUUAGCCAGUUAUCUUGUUAUCUCCAGUCUAAUAGGGUUAAAACAUUGACGAACAAUUCAAGUAUUUUUAUUAUGUUAUGUCCGUUGAAAAUCGUUUCAUUUUGAUCCUGGUAACAAGGUAUUCUUUUAGUAAUGUAUCGACGAUAGCAUCUGUGAUUGGAUAACUUUGUAUAUGUUGAUUACUGUCAUAGGCUUCCUUAUGUAACCCUAUGUAAUAACAGGCAAACGUAGGGAGUGUUUUAAUAAACAUGUGAAAGUUUUUUUUCCGAAAA